CUACUUUUUGUUAAUCCUGUUGUUACAUUUAUGUAGUCAUUUUUAUUUUAUGUAUGCUAUUUUAUACGGUUAUUUGUGUUUUAUUAUAUUAGAAGCUAAAUCAAAUUCUAAAUUUCAAAUUCUGCCGAUAGAUUUAAAAAAAGAAGUGAAAAAACGUCUUGGUUUUUACAGGGCAGACAGGGACUUCCUCUCAGGAUUGGUCAUUGUGGUCGUCCCUGGCUGGAUGCUUGAACAGGACAAGGGUUUACAUCGGAGCCUCGUAAAAGACCAUCAGACACUUGGCCAGACAGAGAUAUGUUUGAUGCUAUAAUUUAAAUGAAUGUAUGAGUUGAUGCGAUUAAUUAAGACGGUGGCACUAUUGAAUAUUCUUAACGUAGAGCACGUGUGCUGGCUUUUAGUUGUUGUGAAUGAUUUAUCAUGUUUGUAGAGAAAUUCUUUAAAUCAUUUGGCCAAUAUUGUAGUAAGAACAUGAGUCGGUCUUUCAAGAUUCCCAGAUGAAAUGAACGAAAAUCUAAAUAAAAUAAAUAACGCCUGGAUGUUGGUCAUUUGGGACUUGCAUAAAGGUUAUCACUAUUGAUUUUGAUCUAUUCUGUUCUGAAACUUCACAUCUCUGGGGAGUACGUCGUCAUUAUGCAUGAGUCGUUAAGCUCCAGGCUUCCCCUGUUUCUCCCUUAUUGAUCCUCGUCUGUGAACCUCCUAAACUGCUCGGAUUACAGCCAAUAGACAAGAUGAGGCAACUUCAGGACCAUGUCUCCAGAUAGACUGGAGAACAAGAUUAUUAUCAUGGAUAUGUAGACACAUGUUCAUAAUUUAUGAUGGAUGCGAGCUCUGGGUUUUUCUUCACGGUCUGCGUGCUGCUGCUCAUCGCGUGCUGUGACGGGUCUCCGUUCACCGACUGUAUUCAGGGCAAAGGGAAAGCUGGCUUUUACGAGGGAUUCAUAGACGUGUCCGAAUCCGGCGUGAAAUGCAUGAACUGGAGCGAAGUACCAAGUGUCAGAGACCGGUACUCGGGGAAAGGUCUUGGGGAACACAGUUUUUGCAGGAACCCUGACGGAAGAAUUCGGCCGUGGUGCUUCUUUACAAAUAGCCGUGGACGUGUUGACUGGGGCUACUGCGACUGCAAACAAGGCUCUUUGAGGCUGCGGGGUGGCAGAUCUAAGUUGGAUGGUACAGUUGAAGUGUAUCUAAACGGUGUGUGGGGAACCAUCUGUGGUAAUGGAUGGGAUGACAGAGAUGCCGCUGUGGUGUGCCGACAGCUGGGACAGGGAUAUAGGGCACAUGCACGUGCAAGUCCUCUGUCGCGCCUGCCAGUUUCUGUAGUUCAUUGGCAGACUGUUGAAUGUGAGGGACAUGAAGGGGACUUACUGCAGUGCAGUCGCACCGUUUGGAAUGGAGGAGAGUGUAAUAAUCAACAGGCGGCGGCUGUCUCUUGCACCCCAGUGGAGGCUUCAGCGUUUGUCCCCGUGCGUCUCUCUGGUGGUCCAUCGCCGUAUGAGGGCAGAGUUGAGGUGUAUUAUGCGGGACAGUGGGGGACAGUGUGUGAUGACCAAUGGGACGACAAUGAUGCUGAGGUGGUCUGCAGGCAGCUGGGGUUAGGGGGCAUUGCUAAGGCUUGGUUGGGAGCGUAUUUUGGCUCUGGCUCAGGCCGUGUGCUAUUGGAUGAAGUGAGUUGCACAGGAAAUGAGUUCUCUAUAGAACAGUGUCCAAAACCCGUCUGGGGGGAACACAACUGUGACCACACGGAGGAUGCAGGAGUCUCCUGCACCCCACUUACAGAUGGUGCAGUGCGUCUGGUAGGGGGUGCCAAGGGUUUUGAGGGCAGACUGGAAGUUCAUUACAGAGGUCAGUGGGGGACGGUGUGCGAUGAUGGCUGGACACAGACCAACACGCAGGUAGUCUGCAGGCAGCUGGGCUUCAGGUCAGGUGAGAGUGUGUCAUCAAGACGAUUUGGGGUGGCAGCGGGUCCAAUUAUGCUGGAUGAAGUCAGAUGUACAGGGAGAGAGCCCACCAUUACACAUUGCAGCCGGAGGGGCUGGCUGAAACAUGACUGCACUCACAACCAAGAUGUUGCCCUUGUGUGCAGCCCCCAACGUUCAAGACAUGGAGCGCCCACCAGUGUGCCUGUGAGGCUGGUGGGCGGAGAAAAUGAGAGAGAGGGGCGUGUCGAGAUCCUGGUAGGUGGCAUGUGGGGGACGGUUUGCGAUGAUGGAUGGACAGAUCAGGACGCUGAGGUGGUGUGCAGACAACUGGGCUACAGCGGGAUGGCCAAAGCUCGUGUAAUGGCCUAUUUUGGAGAAGGUGAGGGACCUAUCCACAUUGACAAUGUAAAAUGCAGCGGUGGGGAACGGACACUGGCUGACUGCAUCAAACAACCAUAUGGAACCCACAACUGUCGUCAUAGUGAAGAUGCUGGAGUUAUUUGUGACUAUGGGUUACAGAAAGAUGCCCCUAUGGUGAAAGAGACAGCAAGCUCCAUGUGCGGUCUAAGACCCUCUCAUACCCGCCAGAAGAGAAUAAUAGGAGGAGAGAACUCUCCACGGGGGGGCUGGCCGUGGCAGGCAGCUGUGCGCUUACGGGGUUCUCAGGCAGAUGGACGAUUGGUAUGCGGAGCCACUUUGAUCCACAGCUGCUGGAUUCUCACCUCUGCUCAUUGCUUUAAGAGGUAUGGUAACAGCACUGGGCUGUAUAAAGUUCGUGUGGGUGACUAUCACUCUCUGGUUCCUGAAGAGUAUGAGGAGGAAUAUGCCGUGGAGAAGAUCAUCCUCCACCCGCGCUACCACGCUGACAGCAACGACUAUGACCUGGCACUGGUGCGCGUGUCCGGUCACAGAGCUCACGGCGGGGGGGCCGCGGGCGAGUGCGUCAGGCUGAACCGUUUCGUGCUGCCCGCUUGUCUACCAAUACGGAGGGAGAGAGUGCCAAAGGGCAUUUCCAAAUGCUACAUAACAGGCUGGGGAGACACAGGUCGUGCCUAUUCGAAAACUCUCCAGCAGGCUUCAAUUUCCGUAUUGAGCAAGCGCCACUGUGAGCAACGCUAUUCUGACCAGUUCACAAGUCGCAUGCUGUGCGCCGGCUCCUCCCAUGACAACCAUCGUGUGGACAGUUGCCGUGGAGAUAGCGGCGGUCCAUUGGUGUGUGAAAGGUCAAGCGGAAGUUGGGUUGUAUAUGGGGUCACGUCGUGGGGUCACGCUUGUCGACUGCAAGAUGCACCUGGUGUCUACACAAAAGUCUCCACCUUUGUGCCAUGGAUUAAGAAGGUCAUCGGCCAGUAGGACUUUUUUCUACAAUUUAAUUGAACCAAUAACAAACAUUCUGACAAUGGACAGAGAAACAAAGCACAUUUUAGAGUAAAAUGCUUAAGAGAUGAAUAUGUUCCAGAUUUAACACGAUAAUACUAGCCGCGUAUUCCAAAUAUGUCUUAAGGAAACUUAUCACCGUAUUAUCUAGCAUGUGGCGUAAAUGUAGUCAACAAAAAAGUAUAUGUUGCAGUUUGCACUGAAUUGAUAUAUGUGACCGUUUUGAAGGGCAAUUGUAAUAGCGGUGGGGUGUACUUUCGCUCCUUUAUUCUCUGAUUUUUUUUUGAAAAUGGAAGCACUUCUAGGUUGAAGGGACCACAAGAUUAUUUUGAAAACGUGUUAAUGAAUGUGACUGUAUACUUGAUGCUAUAUGAAACAGAUACAGGGUUUAAUCCUUUCUAAAAUAACAGAAUGUUCCAAUUUGAUAUGCUGUACAGCGGUUUCAAUAAUGCAAAGAAUCGCUAACUUUAAUGUUGAGUUGGGAGUAUUCUGGAUUCUUCGGCAAGAAACGUAUGGCAGAUAUAAUCCCCUGGGAUACGGUUGCCUUGCCAUUGCUAUGUAACCAACCACAUCACCUCAUCAACACAUAGUUGAAAUCAUUACGCCUCCACAGGAACAAUGACAUCAUUCGCUAUCGAUCAGAUGUUCGUGAUAAUCAUACUGAGACUUGCCACAUGUCAAUGUGAGAUAUAGACAUAUCACAUACUUGCUUAAAACCCAGUUGCCUUCCCACUCUUCCAUUAACCGGGGAUCUGGAAAUGGCAAUGCAAAGCUGCUUAUAAAUGUUUAUGUCUUGAAGUGUUGUGAUAAUGAGGAACAAAUCUCAUCUAAAGCAUUAAGGACUCACAGAAAGCAACAAGGCUUUCGAUGUGUCAUUAUUCGGUUGUAGGAAAACACUAUCACAUGCUGAGCUAAUGCCAGCGUAAUUCAACAUCAAAUGUCUGUAAAAACAGUCUUUAGGCAGAGUUUUGCUACUUUUGAAAACAGCCUGUGUGACCAAUCACAAGCCCUGUAAUUUUGCACAAACUGAAGCGUUGCGGUUCAACUGAGCUGCAUGCUUUUGGAAAUCUAGUGAUUUUAUAAUACAUCAAUCACAUCAGUGUUUUAUAAAAAUUACUGCACAGUCAAAUUUUUCAAAAGAAUUCAUGUUGGGUGAACAGUUCUGUUUUUUUUGCGUAUUUUCUCAUGCAUGUUUAUAAUAUUUGUGUGCUUGUGGUGGCAUGGUGCUAUUGUUUUUGCAUUAAAUUAGUUCUUAAACUAA